GAAGAAACGAAAACUCGUUGUUCGACAUUAUAGUUCUUUUAUGAAAUACACUAUACAUACUAUAAUAUACUUGUUUGAUCUGUUUACAAUUUACAGAAAACGAUAUUCCAAGAUAUGUAUUUGUAAUCGAUGUUCAAUUGUUUCUUAAAUUCUUGUUAAUAUCUGACAAUAUGAGAGAUUACAGUAUAUUAUUUUUGAUGAAAUAUGAAGUUUUUUAAAGAAAAAUUAAGUGACGCAACUACCUCCGAACAUGGGUAUUUGCCCAAAGACAGAUCGUCACAAAUACGUGAUAGCUGGUGGUAACGAAAAGUAUGUUCAAUGAACAAAUCGUUUUCUACGAGUUUGACAGAUAAUCAGCUGUCAGUUUUCAAAGAUUUUAAACAGAUAAUAAUUUAAUAAACAAUUUACAAUGGAAGCAGUACCGCGAUUACCUAUGAUAUCCUUUCAAUUAAAAGUUAGUCCUGAACCUACUACAUUUGGAUCAAAGUUGAAACAGUAUAUACGCGAAUUUUACAAUGAAGACGCAGAAUCAUAUACAAAUGAAAUACAUCAAUUGGAAAGUUUACGCGCAAUGGCUAUACGACCCCCCAUAGAUAUGGCUGGCUGUUUGUUAUUAAAAAAAUAUUAUUGUCAGUUACAUUUUCUUCAAAGUAGAUUUCCUAUGGGAAAAGAUGGUGCAGCAGCAGUUACAUUCACAUGGAGGGACACGUAUGCAAACAUGGUUUGUUCACUGGCAAAUAUCCGUUUUGAAAUAAUUUCAAUCUUGUAUAAUAUUGGUGCAAUGCAUACUCAGCUGGGAGCACGUACAGAAAGAACAUCAGCCGAUGGCAUGAAAAUGGCUUGUGCUCAUUUUCAGUGUGCAGCAUGGGCAUUUGAACAUUUGAAAAAUAGUUAUCCACAGCCAUCUGGUGUAGAUUUAGCACCAGAAUUAAUGACAUUUAUGCAUCAGCUUUGUUUAGCUCAAGCUCAAGAAUGUAUAUUAGAAAAGAGUAUGCUUGAUAAUCGGAAACCUACCAUUGUAGCAAAAGUCGCGAGACAGAUAGUGGAUUAUUUUACUCUGGCAUUAUCUACGCUUGAACAAGGUGGAAGUGAAGAUGGAACCAUUUCAGAUACAGUUGGUACAAAAAUUUAUAAGAGCUGGAAACGUUAUGUAAAAUUCAAAAGAGCUUAUCACCAAGCUGUCACACAUUUAUAUCAAGGACUGGCAGCUGAGGAACAAAGAAAGAUGGGAGAAAGGGUAGCCUUUUACAAUGUUGCAUUAGCAUCUCUAAACGAAGCACAGUUAAUUUAUACAAGUGCAAAAGGUUCAAUGGGUGCAUCUGGCUCGGCUGAAGAGGAAGCACUAACAUUCACGAAUGAUGUGAUAGAAGGGAAACGUAAAGCAGCCAAAAAUGAAAAUGAAUUUAUAUACCAUGAGGAAGUACCUGAAAAGGAAACAUUACCCACAGUGAAGGGAGCUUCAUUAGUUAAAGGAAUUUCAUUCAGUAUUAAUGAUCCUGAAGUUUCAGGCCCUGAUAUAUUUGCUAGAUUAGUACCUAUGAAGGUUCACGAAGCAAGUUCUUUGUACUCUGAGGAGAAAGCAAAAAUACUACGUUCCGUUGGCGGUAAAAUCGAGGAGAAAGAUCAGCAGCUUAAUACAUAUUUGACAUCUCUAAAAUUAGAACAUUUGAGUUUAUGGGAUCCUGAUGUUCAAACCACAGAAUGGGAACGUUUGCCUCUUCCCGAUGAAUUAAUUGAAAGAUGUGCAGCUUUAAAUGCCAAACAGCACGUUAUUCAAGAAUUAGUUGAUAUAAUGGAAAAAUUAUCGAAUACCAGUCAAGACGUUGAGAAAAUAUUAAAGGAAAUCAACAAACUUCUUCUCGACGAAGAAUUGAAGGAAAAACAGUAUCAGGAUGCAGUUGGGAAAAGACCGCCAUCGAUAGUAGCUACUGAUUUAACUAGAGAAGCUAAGAAAUAUGAAGAAGCUCAUAAUAAAGCUUCAGAAAGCAAUCAUGCCCUUCAUAAAGCGAUAACAAUGCAUGUUAAAAAUUUAAAAAUACUUUCUCAGCCACUUGCUGAGCUUAUUAACCAUAUACCUUCACCGAGUGCAUAUCUUUCAGAACAAAACACUGAAAAGUCGCACACCGCAAUCGAAUUAGAACGGAUGCAUACUAAAGAAUUAAAACGUAUUUUAAAUAAAGUGGAUGAAAUGCGUAGACAAAGAAAUGAAUUACAUACAAAAUUACGGGAUUCCGUCGCACAAGAUGAUUUGACACGAUUGCUCGUUACAGCCACGUCAGAUUCUGGGCCUCUAGAUCGUUUAUUUGCAGAUCAGCUUAGCAAACAUCAAACUUUAGUAACAUUAAUAGACCAAAAUUUAGCUGCACAGGAUAAUAUUUUAGCAGCCUUAACUGAUGCAUAUGCACAAACUGCUAAUGUAAGAAAAGGAGUAGAAGAGAUAUUAAAACGUCGGGAACAUAUCAUUUCUUCUUUGAUCAGUUCUUACGACGCUUACGAAGAUUUGUUGGCGAAGUCUAGUAAAGGACUCGAAUUUUAUAGAAAAUUAGAAAUAAACGUUUCAAAGUUACUUCAGAGAGUAAAAAGCACAUGUAAAGUACAGGAAGAAGAACGUGAACAUAUACUUGCUCAGGAUAAUAAUAAAAAUUCUCAAGAAAAGACCGAUACAGUGAUACCUGUUACUUAUGACCAGAGUCGUAAUCGAUCUGGCAGCGGACUUAAAUUGAAGGAUUAUCUGAAUAAUAAAACAGAGAUUGCUUCAAAUCAAUAUUACAAUAUAUACAAAGGUCAAAAACAAGGUCAAGUAGAUGCAACAGUAAAAUCAUACAUGAAUGAUGUAGUGGAUAAGAGCACAGUUCAUUCGAGUGGAAUGUCUGCAUUAGAUGUAGCAUCAGCUGCAAAAAUGCAGCAGUAUUAUCCUGCAACUUACACAGAUUAUAAGACAAAUUUACCGUAUUCUCACGAACCUUCUGCAUAUAAUGAAAAUCCGGCUAUGAACAGUGGCUUAAAUCAAAGUUAUAUGCAACUUAAUAAUUCAGACGCUGCAAGUACUUAUCCACAAAUUGCAACGAGUACAACCACAGAUAUGGCAAAUACUACAGUACAAUAUCCAGUAAAUUCUUUUGUACCCAAUGGACAGUUUCCUGCAACUAUAGAUGGACAACAUACAUAUUCUAAUACUCAACCACAAUAUAACUAUCCCGGUAGUACAUUGCAAUAUGAUAUGUAUCAACCUUCAGUCAAUUAUAAUGAAUACAAUGUUGCACAGCAAUAUUCUAAUGUGGAUAAGACUGGUAAUAUUAUUCAGAAUGAAAUGCUUUCUCAAGUGUCAACAGUGGCACAGACACCUAUGCCUUCGAGUUUAGUUAACAAAACAGCAGACAUACAACCGCAUCAUUAUCCCAGCAUAAACCAACCGGCACAACAGUAUACGCCAGAGCCUCAACAAAACCUUCCACAAGAACCUGUUCAAACUGUGAGAAGCCAACAUGUACUACCAGUGGAUAAUUCUCAGAUACAAAAUUAUACUCUUCCACAAGUAAAUCAAAAUGAAAUAGCACAGAAUUACGGUCCUGGAAUGUAUUAUAACAUGCCUGAACAGCAUUCUCAGCAAAUCACGACAACUCAGAAUACGUCUGAUACUACGAAUAUUGCUGUUUCAGCUCAAUACAUACCAACGCAGUACAUGAAUACGAACGUUCCUCAGUCCGUUCAUUCUACAACUUCGUUAACUGCUCCAAUGAACAACAUACCUACUUCGUAUUCUUCAAAUUUACACAAUCCCAAUAUUGCACAAUAUCCACAACAGAAUGCCACAGAACAAAAUAAGCAAAUUUAUACGGACAGAACGUAUCAAUAUGGAUCACAAGUACCUAUCAAUGAUACUGCUUUAAAUUAUUCUAAUACUUAUAACAGUUUACAGCAUGGAAGUGCAGUUUCAUAUUCACAAUCCAUGCUACCUACGGAAGCUUGUAAUACAUAUACAUAUACAAAUUCUAAUAAUGCUGAUAUAAUUCAGAGUCAUACAAAGUCCAGCACGAAUAUCCAAAAUUACUCGCAGACAUACCAAUAUCCUCAACAAUCUCAUUAUUCUGGAUAUGUAGAUUAUCCUCAUACCUAUAAUCAAGGGUAUAAUUACAUGCAAGGAACUCAAAUGACUACUGUAAUGACAGAACCUUAUAAAAAUCAUAUGGGUUAUACAUAUAACUCUACCACCCAAUGUUACGAAUACAAUCCUAACAAUAUUCAGGGUUCGCAACCUCUUCAAGUGUCACAGAAACCAACAGACUCAACAUCGCAAACAAGUUUCAACAAUGUUUAUCAACAGCAAGAAAGCAACGCAAGAUACACAAACGCUAGCAAUAAUUCUAUGGUUAGUCAGACUCCAUCUUCUCAAUAUUCAGGACAGCCAUAUCCCCCUCAAGGUUCAAAUGACAUUUAUUAUUCCACGCAGUAUGGUCUUCAAAUGCAAAAUCAAGUAUCUACAAAUAAAACUGAGAAUUUUACUAAUUAUAAUCAAACGUACAUGCAAGCUGUUAAUAAUGGAACGAAUACAACGACAAGCGGAAAUCCUACCAAAUCUGCUACAAAAUUAUCAGAAAAAUCCAAUGUGGAUUUACUUUCUGAUCUUGAUGUAACUAUAAACCAUGCGCCCUUAGUACCAGAAGUACGUCCUCUUAAUAAAGCUCAAGCACAGGAAGAAACAGUAACAAAAGAUGUGGCGAAUGAAAAUGAUAAAGAAAAGAAAAACGAAACUGAACAAACUAAUAUUCAACCUGUUGCAACUGAAGAUAAAACAGAGAAUGAAAAUUUACAAAUUGUGUGGGAUACGUGGUACAAUGAUGUGCAACCGAAAAAGGACCCUUUAGGAGAUCCAGCAGCGUUGCAGAAGUUUGUUAGUGAAGUUGAAAAAUACGAAAAAUUUGUUGAUAGUUUACUUGUCAAAACACUAAGUGGAGCAAGUAUCUUGGAUAUUAAAUGGAAAGAAAUUCAAGAAUUUCAGGAAAAAGAAAAUGAAAGGCAAUCAUCAAUAAUAGCAUGUGCGCCUUCCUCAAUAAAUGUAAGGGGCGACGCUAUUCCUUAUGAUACAACAAGGGUACAAAUAUCAUCAAAUCCUUCAAAGUACAUCAAUGCUUCCUAUAUUACGGAAAUUACACAGUGGAUACCAAUGCCAUUUAUUAUUACCCAAUUCCCAAUUGAACCGACAUUGGAAGUGUUUUGGACAAUGAUUUGGGAACAAGAAAGCGAGAUAAUCGCUUUUUUGUUAUCAGACACAAUGACAAACAAUGAAAGAUAUUGGCCUACAAAUAAAGAAGAUAUUCUAAAUGUUGGUAGUUUUACGAUUUCGUUAAAGAAAAGUGUAAAUCACAUUUAUUAUGUUCAAAGGGUCAUUUCUAUACAUAAUACUAAGAAAAAAUUAGAAAAGACUGUCGUACAUAUGCAAUUUCUUGCAUGGCCUCUCACUGACCUCCCUAGUAGUCCUGGACCAUUCCUUACAUUUGCAACAGACGUAAUGACGGAGCAAGCAUUGAGACAUUGUUCGAAACCAAUAGUGGUACACUGUUGGAAUGGUGGUACAUUAAGUAGUUUAUUCCUUGUAGCAGCAGCAACAGUAUGUCAUAUACGUGCUGGUUGUGGAAUAGUCGAUGUACCACUUGUAUUCAAAGGACUCAUAAAGUGUCGUACACAAGAUAUAGAUAAGGAGUCCUUGUUAUUUGCGUAUCAACUAGUGUUAUAUCAUGCUCAAGAUAUUUUGAUGAAACGUGGUAUAUUAUCAUCCACUCGUUCGACGUUUGAAAACUUUGAAGGAUUCAAAGGAAACAAGGAUAAGACAUUGAGAAAAAUGCAUCCCUCCGACGAUUUUCUUCAGAGUCUUGGUCUUAAUGCCCAGCGUUCGGAUGCUGAACAAGCUCGACAAAAAGGUUCUACUAAUACUGGUGCAGCUCAUUCAACUUCAACAUCGAUUCAAGAAAAAUCUAAAGAAGGAACAGCAGUUGACCCUCUAAGUCAGUUAGAUCCUUUAUGGUCUAUUAGAAGAUAAUCAAGUAUAUUUACAAAGAAAACUUUGCUAUGCACCAAUUAAUAAAUUUAUUAUUUAAUUGAACAUUUCCAUUCCUGUUUUUAAACUUAACACUAAUAAAAAAAAUAAGAUUAUUA